AUGGAUUGGUCAUAUAAUGAGAAGGACAGACGACAGAUGGAAAGAACUUUGGAUGAUCCCUCACGAAACAAAACGUCUUCGAGGCAAGCCAGCGACCAAAUGGUUGAGUUGUUCAUCGCACGGAUGAACCAACUGAAUUCUCAACUGGUAACAAGCAAUGGAUAUGGACCACACGAACGUCGUCGCCGUAGUUCAAUAAAAUAUUGUGAGUGA